AUGUCUUCCAUCCUGCCUUUCACUCCCCCGGUGGUGAAGCGCCUCUUAGGCUGGAAGAAGAGCCCAACUGGGACUGGUAGUGGUGGAAGUGGGGGCAUCGGAGAGCAGAAUGGCGGCGGGCAGGAGGAGAAGUGGUGCGAGAAGGCAGUCAAGAGCUUGGUGAAGAAGCUGAAGAAAACUGGACAGCUGGAUGAACUGGAGAAGGCCAUCAGCACACAGAACAGCAACACCAAAUGUGUGACUAUACCAAGCAAUUGCUCAGAUCUUUGGGGGCUAGGCUCAGGCCACACGAUAGAGCAGUGGGAGUCCGCAGGCAUGUACGGAUACCAAGACCACGGCAGGUCACUGGAUGGCCGCCUCCAGGUCUCUCAUCGCAAAGGCCUGCCCCACGUCAUCUACUGCCGCCUGUGGAGAUGGCCCGACCUCCACAGCCACCACGAGUUGCGCGCCAUCGACACCUGCCAGUACGCCUUCAACCUGAAGAAGGACGAAGUGUGUGUCAACCCCUACCAUUACCAGAGAGUGGAGACGCCUGUGCUGCCCCCAGUGCUGGUGCCACGCCACACAGAGAUUCUGACAGAGCUUCCUCCUUUAGAUGAUUUUGCGAAUUCUAUUCCUGAAAACACAAACUUCCCUGCUGGAAUUGACCCUCCAAACAAUUAUAUACCAGAAACGCCUCCGCCUGGAUAUAUAAGUGAGGAUGGGGAGACCAGCGACCAGCAGAUGAAUCAGAGUGUGGAGUCAGGUUCUCCAUCAGAAAUGUCUCCAAGUACUUUAUCUCCAGUCAGCCAUGCUCUAGACCUUCAGCCGGUCACCUACAGCGAACCAGCUUUCUGGUGUUCCAUAGCGUAUUACGAGCUGAACCAGCGCGUGGGAGAGACUUUUCACGCCUCGCAGCCGUCGCUGACCGUGGACGGCUUCACCGACCCGUCCAACUCUGAGCGCUUCUGCCUGGGACUUCUCAGCAACGUCAACAGGAACGCAACGGUGGAAAUGACACGGCGACAUAUAGGUCGCGGUGUAAGAUUGUAUUACAUCGGUGGAGAGGUCUUUGCAGAGUGCCUCAGUGACAGUGCCAUUUUUGUUCAGAGCCCCAACUGCAACCAACGAUACGGCUGGCACCCGGCCACCGUCUGCAAGAUACCAUCAGGAUGCAAUCUGAAGAUCUUCAAUAACCAGGAGUUUGCCGCGCUCCUGGCUCAGUCUGUGAAUCAGGGCUUCGAGGCCGUGUACCAGCUCACCCGCAUGUGCACCAUCAGAAUGAGCUUCGUCAAGGGCUGGGGAGCAGAAUACAGACGACAAACCGUCACCAGCACUCCCUGUUGGAUCGAGCUCCAUCUCAACGGCCCCCUCCAGUGGUUGGACAAGGUGCUGACUCAAAUGGGUUCCCCUUCGGUCCGCUGCUCGAGCAUGUCUUAA